AUGAGAACUUGGGAGGUUCACACUGAAGCCUUGCCUGGGUUCGGCCACGCAGGCGGUAGAGACGGGCUCAACGCCUCAGGCCGCGUCCUUGAAGAGGGCUGCAGCCGCGGAAGGCGUGGCAGGACGUGCACUCCGGGGCUGGGUGCGGGCGAGGCCGCCUCUGCGCCCCGGACCGGCCCGCGGGCCAGCUGGCGGCCUGGUCCGCUCCGGGUCCUGAGCUGCCCAGCCCCCAGACCUCCUGAGGGCCUCUGGCAGCCGCGCACGCUCCGCUUCUGCGCCCUGCCCCGGGCAUGCCGCCAGGCGUUGCGCUAG